CAACGCACAAUACACGUCUCCAAUAUGACUCGAUAUUUGCGUUCAUCCACACCCGCCCGCCAGUUAUCCCAGCAAACGUGCCGUCGGUUCCUUUCAACCUCUCGGCCCGCUACACGCCUCUCCGCAUUCUCCGUCGGCGAAAUCGCACCUCACCGGAAAACAGUUGUCGCCUCUGCAUCCCUAUCCAGACCCUCAAUUCCACGCUCCUUGAUUGCCUGCUCUCGUUUACAGGCGCCUGUUGCCUCGUUUUCGUCUUCGUCCGUUCGGUCAGCCACCAAGGUCACUCAGAAUCCGAGGGCUGGAGAUGAUGGGGAGACGCUCAUGAUUAAUAUUUCUCCUCGUGCUGUUGAGCGUCUUCGCGAUAUCACCAAUCCAUCCUCUUCUCCCUCAGCCACAAAAGAAGAGAACCCCUACCACCACCUGCGCAUCACAGUCACUAGUGGUGGCUGCCAUGGCUUCCAGUACAUGAUGUCGCUCGAGUCAGCGUCCAAGAUUGACGCCGAGGAAGACACUGUCUUUGAGGGAGAAGACGCUGAGGGCGCACCAGCGGAUGCAGCCGGAGAAGCUAAGGUCGUUAUGGACGAGCCUUCACUGGAGCUUUUGUCUGGCAGUACAGUAGACUACACGACAGAGUUGAUUGGAAGCCAAUUUACGAUUGUGGAUAAUCCACGAGCAACCAGUAACUGUGGUUGUGGAACGAGCUUCGAUGUGAUGGGCUGA